AGCAAAUAUUUUCCUGAAAUAUUCUAGUUUAAAAUCUGAGUAUCUAAAGUAUCCAAGUAUCAAAUCUAGCAGAGUCACGGUUCAAUCAUCUUCUGCAAAUUACUCUCCAUCAGAAAGAAGGUCAGAGCUGGAAAUCCCAACCACAAGGUCAGGAGCCUCAGGCCCCAUUCGAGGAUGUGAGCACUUCUACAGAUCUGUUACACUGAACUCUUGCAAGAACCCACCACACCUGUCACUGCAGAACCCUCUCUGCAUCACUUCUGCACAAUUUGGUUAAUUAAGGAAUGGAAGAACCCAAUAUCCCAGACUGGCUGACAGCUGAUUUUCUGAAGUCCUGUCUUGAAUCCGAUGAGGAAAACAAGGAAGGAGUAGUCAUCAACAGCUACAAUGCUAAAUCUGCAGUUCCACCUGGAAACAAUUAUGGCAGCAACAUUUUACAAGUGAAAAUUGUGUACAAGAAACUAUUUGAUUCAGCUGAAUAUUCACUAUCUUUAAUUAUUAAAGCUCCAUUAGUUGUUGGUGCAUUUGUUGAGCAGUUCAGGGAUGUCUUGAAUGAAGCUUAUUUACGAGAACCCAAGUAUUACAAUGAGUUUAUUACGGAAAGUUAUAAAUUGAUGAAACACGAUAUUGUUCCCAGACACUACAAGUCCCCGAAUCCACUUUGUGUUGUACUCGAAGAUCUGAAGAGAUCAGGUUAUGUCAUGGUUGAUAGACAAAAACUACUUGACUUUGACCAUUGUCAACUUUAUGUCAAGGCAUCAGCUAAGCUCCAUGCACUCACGAUAGCUGUACAUAAAACACACCCUGAUAUCAUUGAAUCUCUGGUAAAGGAAAACCCAAUUACAACUGAAAAGACAGAACAAGUUUUCAAACAUUUAAUGAGAAACUUGUUUAAGUGUAUGGCUACUUACCUUGAGGAUAAAGAAGAAUACAAGGAAUUCGAAGAUUUCUUCCGAGAUAUAUCUGAGGGAGAAACAUUUUUCAAUAUUUAUCAAGGAGUUGAAAAAACAAAGAGUAGAUUAACAGCUGUGAUCCAAAAUGAUCCUUGGUGCACAAAUAUGAUGUUUAAAUACAACAGUUCAGGAGACGUUUUGGGUGUAAAACUCUUUGACUUUCAAAAUCUUAAAUUUGCCACACCAUUGAGGGAAUUAGUCACAUUUGUUUGGACCAGUGCCAAUCCAGAAGUCAGAGAGAAAAAGCUGCAUGAGUUAUAUCAAAUUUAUUGUGAUUCUCUUAACUGCACUUUCAAACAACUGGGAUGCCCUGAGAGAAUUUCUAUUGAAGAGUUGAAGGAGGAAAUCCUUUUUUUGAGCCCUUUAGUAAUAGUUACAGUUUGUGCAUUGGCUCCAUUUUGUCUUGCAGAUGAAGCUGUUAAUAUAAGUGACUUCCUUAAUGCAUAUAGUCCAGAUGUACCAAUAAAGGAGUCACACAAUUACAGAUUGUAUCAAGGUACCACUUUCAACAAGUACUUUCCACAAAUAAUGAAUCAAAUUGCUAAAGAAGGUAUUUUUGAACACAUUAAACAGAAAAUGAAACAUUUGUCAACAACAUAACACUCCGUCAGUACAAAACUGUUACUACAAAUAAUAUACAAUUUGUUUGUACAUUUUCUUAUAAAAUUAGGUAACUUGCUUAACUCAUUUAGUUAAAACCUAAUACUAAGUUUAAUAUAGAUUUGUUAUAAUUAUACCAUACUUUUAAAUUUUUAACCUAACUAUCUGUAGUAUUAACCUAUUAUUCUGUACAAAUUAGUAAUUUGAUUAAAUUUGAUUCUGAAUUGUGUUUA